AUGCCUGGCGCGCUCGCCGCGCCGGGCAUGCCGGGCCAGGUCCAGGCGCCCGUCAUCGUCACCACUCGCAAGUUUGUGAAGGAGGCACACGCAGCGCUUGCCGUGCUGGGCGUCAGCCAGCUCGCCGCACUGCCGGACGAGGCCCGAAAUACUGUCCAAGAGCUGCGCUCACUGCUGGAAUCGACGGCGCAGCUGCACACCGGCGCGACAGAGGCUGGGCGCCUGUACUCCUUCCUGACAGAGGACGUGCACGUGCAGCUGCUGCACGACGCGGCCGCGCGCGUACGUCUCGCGCUCUCCGCGGCCGCCGCGUCCACUUCCUCACCCGCGCUGGCGGCGGCGGCCGGCGACGUGGCGCAGAAGCUGGCGAGCAGCACGUGCGCGCUGCCCAUGCACCAGCACCGGAUGGUGGAGGAGUUCAAAGCGCUGUGCAAGCCGUUUGAUCCGACGGGGGAUGUCCCGGACCGGCUGCAGAAGCAGGCUGAGCAGUUGGUGCGGGAGGUGGUGCGGGAGGUGCACGGGCCCUUCUGGAGCGAAGAGCUUCUGGACCGCGAGCUCACCCAGCUGGAGCGCGCCGCCGCCAAGGUGGACCCGCUGCGCAACCGCCGCGCCGCCGCCGCCAUCAAGCUGCUCGCGUCCGCAGUGAUGAGCCUCUCGGGCGACGACGACGGCGCCGGGUCUGGGUCGGAGUCAGAGUCUCCGCUGCACGACAGCGGGCGGCAGACGUUGGACGACCCGUUCUCCCUGCCGGCGUUCAACCCAGCUCUGGCGCUCAUGAGCUCUCCAAAGGCGCGGAUUCUGACAAUCACGAUGUAUGAGGAGGACGGCAACGGCGCCUUGCUGUCGCCCAAGACGCUGCCCCACCUCAACGUGGCCGAGCACCUGCAGCAGCUGCAGCUGCAGGCCGCGGCGCGGGAGGAGGCAGCUGCAGCAGCAGCGGCGGCGACCCUCACUGGAGGGUCCAGGGCUGCGCAGGCGUCGUCGCAGCAGCAGGCGUUGGCGGCAGGCACGGCAGCUGCGGGCACUGGCACAGAGGCCGGCAGCAGGUUGCAGCUGCAGACAGGGCAGCAGCAGCAGCAGCAGCAGCAACAGCAGCAGUCACAUGAGCAGCCCGCACGGCCGCAGCCAUUGCUGUCCGUGUCGGCGGGCGGAGUACAGCAGCAGCAGCAUAACCACCAGCACCAGCAGCAGUCUCAGCAGGAAGCCCUGCCUUCGCCUUCAAAGCGCCCAGAGCACUGGACCGAGGCCGCCACCAUGUUGGACGAUUUCUUGGCCCGCAACAGCAACAGCGGCGGCACCACCGGCUCCGCCCUCCAACCCGGCAGCUUGCGCUCCUUUGCCGCAGCUGGCAGCAGGGGCGCUGGCUCUGUCGCGGGCGCAGGGAGCGGAAGCGGGGCCCACGCGGCGCGCAGCUCUUUGACAGGGGGGGUGGAGAGCUCGGCGGGGUCAGUGUUCCAUGCGCACAUGCGGCUGUCUCCUGAGGGCGUGGAGAAGGUGGCGGCGUUCUUGGAAAGCAGCAGCAGGGUGCGGGGGCUGUCGCUGGCGCACAAUUGGAUAGGGGACGCCGGCGUCAAGCGGCUGUGCCGCGCGGUGUGCCUCAACCGCUCGCUGCGGACGCUGGAGCUGCCGGACAACCGCAUCACGGACGAGGGCGCGGCAGAGGUGGCCGCGCUACUGAUGGGCAACACGCGGCUGACGACGCUGCAGCUGGGGCGCAACAAAAUCGGGGACGCGGGGGCCGUCAAGCUCGCGCAGGCGCUGGAGGUCAACGGCACGCUGGAGAGCCUGUCACUGCACGACAACGCCAUCGGCUCCGAGGGCUGCCAGGCGCUCGUCGCCGCGCUGCAGGUCAACCGCGCGUUGAGGCACCUGGAAUUCCUGCCGGGCAACUGCGCGCCGCCGCAGGACGUCAAGGCGCUGACGAGGGCCGCCAAGCGCAACCGCAGGCAGUUCACGGAGCUGGUGGACCCGUCUGGCCCCCACCCCGGGCUGCUGCAGGACGCGGUGUCGAAGCACGCCGACCCCCUCGUCUCAAACCUGCUCGCGGCGCUCGCCGCGGCGGGCGGCGCCGACGCUGACCUGGCGGACGCGCUACUCGACGCGCUGCAGCUGGUCUGCGGCGCGGCGCCCCACUUCCUCCCGGAGAUGGCGUGCGACAGGCGCGCAUGCAUGGCACGGGCCGGGCGACAGGAAUGCCCCCUGUUCGCGCGCCACCUGCACUUCGGGCUGGACACGCUCAUGUCACUCCUCGGCCACGCGACCACGACGCGCCACAUCGCCAUCCAGGCAGACACCCUGCGCCUGCUUUGCGCCCUCGCGGCGCCCGAGCACCGUGCGGUGGCGCAGCUGCCGCGCGCGGCAGCGAGGCGGCUCGCGGCGGCGGUCGAGGCGGUGCUGCCAGACGCUGCUGAGGGCGGCGGCGGCGGGCAGGCCGAGGGGCAACUGCGUCUGUCUGCGGAGCUUCAGGCGGCCUACUGCUCUGCUUGCAGCAUCGCCGCUUGGCUCCUCCAGCACUGGGCAGCCGCCAGCCCCUCAAACUGGGCCGCGGUCCACCGGCCGCUGCUCAGCUGCGCGGGCCGCGCGUUGGGCCUGCUGACGCUGACGGAGCCCGCGUGCUUGGCUCGGGGCGUCCUGGUCGCGCGGGCGUCUGAGCUUGCGACGGCUGCCGCCGCGGCGCUCGCGGCGCAAGCCACCCCGGCCCCUGCGCCCGCAGAACCCGCGCGCGGCGGCGGCAGCGGCGCGGGGCGACGUGCGGCAGGCCGGGCGCAGCACGCGGCGCAGGCGGGGGCGGUAGCGGCGCAGCGGCGGCAGCAGCAGCAGCAGCAACAGCAGCAGCAGCAGCAGCAGCAGCAGCAGCAGCAGCAGCAGCAGCGGCAGCAGCACGUGCCAAUGCCAUUUGCAGGUGGCGCCGCAGCGGGGGCGUGCGCAGAGGAGCUGGUUCGGCUGCUUGAGGGCUGCCUCGAGCACGUCGCGCCGGCCCUGGCAAGACUCAUGAACUGCAUCGCGGCGGCGGCCGACUCGAGGCAGCCUCUUGCGCCUGAGGGCACCGCAGAGCCUGGUGACCCGUUGUUGGCGCUGGCUGGGAUGCUGCAAACAGUCAUUGGAGUGUUCGAAGCAGGCGCAGCCCUCGGAGGCGAUCUGGCGCCAAUCCUGGCCGGCUUUGCUGGGCAGCUGCUCGUCGGCUUCCAGUGGUGCGCCCUCACCGCGGACGCCCUCGCGCUGCGGCCGCCGCCUCCGGCCGCACACGCGGCGUGGCGCGCGCUGCUGCUGGCGGCGGCGCACGCGGACACCCUAGGGCUUGCGACAGCCGCCCUGGUUCAGCAGAGCGACCAGCUCGCGGCGACUCUGGCCAGGAGGUGCCCGACCCUCGACCAAGUGCUGUCAGUGCUCUCUGCCGCCGCCGACCCUCCGUCCGCCGCCGCCGCCGCCGGCCCCGACCCGGCGGCGGCGCCGGCGCCCGGCGGCAUCCGGCGUUUUUGCGGACUGACGGAUCUCCAGAGGAGCGCGCUGCUCAUAGUCCGCGCGUCCCUCUGCGCCGCCAGCGGCGGCGGCGGCGGGUGCUGCUGCUGGCCGCCGGGGCGCGUCAUGGAAGCGCUCAACGGCCUGGUUGCUGCCGCAGGCCCCGGCCUGGCCGCGCAGCCAGAUGCGCUCAUCUGCGUCUGCCAGAUCUACGCGGAAGCCGAGGAGUCGCUGGCGGCCGCGCUGCGGCAGCAGGCGGCCGCCGGCCCCCGCGCCGUCGACGCCUCGCCCCCCGCGCCGCCGGCGCCGCCGCCGGCGAUAUGCGCAGCGCUGCAGCGCGCGCCGCCGCGGGCGGGGCUGGGCCCGGCGCACCCGGUGUCGCGCUGGGUCCUGGCGCGUGCCACCCACAUGCCCGCGGUGGCCCAGAGGCUCCUUGCUUCGUGGCUGACCAGCAUGCUGACUCAGAUUGCUGACGUGGCGCCUGAACACCAAGGGUUGUGCAGUAUGCCUGGUUUCACACCCAGCGGCGGCGCAACCGACGCCUGCCUGCAGCUGCUGGAGGAUGCCGCGCAGGCGCUGGCGGCCGCGUCAGGCGCGCUCUCUCUGCUGCCGCAGGCCGCGGCGGCCUGCGAGCGGCAGCUGCCCCGCAGCUCCCACGAGCGGCCCGAGGGCGGCGCCGCGCCUGCCGCCGGCGGCGACCCGCGGCCCCGGGAGGAUGCUGCCGCCGCGCUGGCAGCUGCUGCGCAGCUGGCUUUGGUGACUCGCGUCCUGCAACUGCGGCCAAAGCUGCUGCACACGGCACUGGAGGAGUGGCAGCUGCUGCAGGUGCUGAGGCGGCUGCUUCUUGAGCAUUCGGGUCAAAGCAACACUGAAAGCUGCGGCGUCACCGCGGGCUGCUGCGGCGCCCUGAUGUCUGCUGCAGCUGACUGCGCUGACGAGGACGUGCCUGCGCUGCUCCAGGGGGCGGCGCCGCUGCUGCGGCUCGCGGCCGUGCGGCUGCGCGCCCUCGGCGCGGCGCACCCGCUCCUGCCCUCCCUGCAGCUGGCCGCUCUCAACGCGUCCAACACGCUGGGCAUCAGGGCGCUCGCUGGCGGCGGCGGCGGCGGCGGCGAAGGCGGCGGCGGUAGGUGCGGCGGCGAAGAUUCGGAGGCCGCGUGGGGCCUGGUGGCUUCUCAGGAUGAUCUGGGAGCCGCCGCGCGCUGCAUACUGUUGGAUGCGAUCGGCGGCGCCGGCGGCGCCGCGGCCGUUGCGGCGGCGCGGGGCGGCGGUCAAGAAGUGCGGCGCGGCGCAGGGUACGAGGAGGUGGCGGCGGCAGGGGCGCUUUUUCAGCUGCUGGGCGCGUCCCUGGUGGCGCGGCGCGACCCCGGCCUGCUGCUCGCCGCCGCGCAGCACCUGCACCAGUGGGAGUGUGCGCGAGCCCUGCUCGCCGCCGCCCGGGCCACCGCUGCCACCAGCGCGGGCGUGUCGCGGCCGCCGACGGCCUGGGACACUUUAGGGCCAACGGCCAACGGCUGCGCGGCCGACGGCGACAGAGGCGGCGCUUGCGGCAAGGAUGACGGGCGUGGGGGCAGCGACGGCGUUGCUCCUGCAGGCGGCGGCGGCGGCGCGUCUGCAGCCGACGGCGCGGCGGCGGUGCUGCAGCAGCCGCGGGAGCAGCGGUGGCUGCUGCUGAGCGGGGACCUGCUGACAUCAGCCAGCUUCCUGCAGGCCGUGGGAGCUGCCGCCAGGUCAGCGGUCGCCUGGCAGCGUACCGGCGGCGGCGGCGGCGGCGGCGGCGUUUCGGGACGGCAGCAGCGGCUGGCGGCCGCGGCCGACGCGCUGAGGGCGGUGGCGGCGCGCGCGCUCGCGCAGACGCCGCUGCUCGGCCUGCUGUGCGUGGCCGCCGCCGCCGGGCCGGCGGACUGCGGCGGCGCCCCCGACGACGGUGGCGGCGGCGGCGGCGCCGAUAUCGGCGGCGGCGGGCAGGAGGGGGGCGACGCGGGGGUGCUCCUGGGGGCGCAGUGCGCGGCUCUGCUGCUGCGGGCGCUGCUCGAAGAGGGCGUGUUGGACCCUCACCUGACAAAAGCUCUUGAAACUUUGAAGGGCCGCCUGUGGGAGCAAGCCCAGCGGCGGCGGCGGCUGCAGCAGGAGGCGCUCCUCGAGCCGCCCCAGGGCGGCGGGCGCGGGGCGGACGGCUGCGGCGCGUUCGGCUGGGAAUCAGGAUGCCGCGACCAGUACAGGGGCGGCUGGGGGGAGGUGGGUCAUCAGGAUGUUGGCGGCGCGGAUGGGCCUUGGUGUGCGGCGGCCCCGGCUGCGGCGGCAGCAUGGAUGCAGGGCGGCUCGGCGGCCGCGGGCGGCGCAGACGGGCUCACGACCCAGGGCUGGGCGGCCAACGGCGACGCGGCGGCUGUGGCAAAUGGUCAUGGGGCGGGCUGGCAGCAGCGGCCAGUCUGGCGGAGGGAGUUACGCCGGCUGGCUUCAGUGGAGAUGGUCGGGCCGGCGGCGGUCGCCAUGGUGCGGCCGCAGCUGCUGCUGCUGGCGCGCCUGGCGGCGGGUGGCCGCCACUGUUGCGGCUUCGGUGGCUGGGGGUGCGGCGGCGGCUGUGGCGGCGCUGAUUGUGCGGCUGGCGGCGAUGGGCAGGGGCCCGCAGCCGCGCGAGAGGAGCUAAGGCAAUUACUGCAGCGGCUGCUGGGCGGCAGCAAUGUUUGA